AUGUCAGUCACCACCGCCAUCCGAUCUAGCCUUCAAGGCCCCUCUGUCGCAUUCGGCUUCUGGCUCACCCUUCCUAGCUCCGGGGUAGCUAAGACUAUUCUACACGGAGCUUCGGGGUCUUCAACCAAGUUCAAUUGGGUCUUGGUUGAUGCCGAGCAUGGAUUAAUUAGCGACCACCAUUACUAUGAGCUAUGCAACGCUAUUGGCUCCGAGGGUGCUAGUCCCAUUAUUCGUGUUCCUUUUGCUGAGGAUUGGAUGAUCAAGCGCGCGCUUGAUGCUGGUGCCCACGGUAUUAUGACCCCGAUGUGCCAUAAUGAGGUUGACGCAGCCAACAUUGUAAAAUACGCAAAGUACCCACCGCUCGGUACGCGUGGCUAUGGUCCGAUGUUUGCUCCUCACUCAAUGCCCGGCAUCGAUGCCGGAACAGCCUACGACGAUAACAUCAAUGUCAUCGUGACGAUAUGCGUUCAGAUUGAGUCAAGGUCUGGUGUUGAGAACAUCGAGAAAAUUGCAGCCGUUCCUGGCAUCGAUGUUUUAUUCAUUGGGCCCUUCGAUCUCUCUAAGAUGAUGGGAGUUAGCCGUGGUGGCGAAGAGCACGAAGCUGCUAUCAAAAGAAUCCUAGGUGCUGCCCACACCUGUGGAAAGAAAGCAGCUAUAUUUUGUACGGAUGGGUUGGAUGCUCGCAAACGUGUAGAACAAGGCUUUGAUAUGAUUUCUAUCACCACCGACGUUGGUGUUUUCAGGACUGGAAUGCUGAAUGAGCUCAAAGUGGCGAAUGGUGAAAAUGUCAUAGACAGUUCUAGGGCAGGUUAUUGA